GAUGGUUUCUAGUCAGUUUAUUUCAAUAUCAAUUCCAUCGGUAUUUCGUUAAUACCGUUUAACUUCUAACUGAAAUAUUACCAAAAAAAUUCAUAAACAUGGGAUACGGGGUCAAUCUAUUUGUUGAAGAGCCUGAAGAAGAUCUCAUCUGUCCAAUAUGUUGUGAUGUAUUCAGAGAUCCUGUGCAUUGUAAAAAUGGGCACACUUUCUGUAAUGAGUGUAUUAUUAGAUGGUUAGGAAAAAGCAAAGUGUGUCCAAUUGAUAAAGGAGUCAUUAGCGAUAGUAUCCUCGCAUCAAAUGUUGUCAUCCUUGGAAUCAUAAAWAAUCUGGAAGUUUACUGUCAGGAACGCCACGAUGAUGACGAUAAACAAACACCUUCCAAGAGCACAGGUCUGUAAUCGUAUUGGUAUUGGGGUCUAAUAACUUCCCAUUUCGGAUCACUUGACAUUUUUUCCGGUAACGUAUUACAAGUUGCGUGCAGAAAUAGAAGCUGAGGCCAAAAAGUAUGCUUGUAAAAUAGCAUAAAUAUAUUUUGAUUUAUUCAUUUUUGGUAAGUAGUCGACAUAAAAUGCGCACUGCGACCUGCGCUCU